AUGGAUACACCAUGUAAUAUUGUACCACUGGCUCCGUUGCUUACAGGAAACGUUAGUGGAGUUUCGGACAUUGUUCAAUCAUUACCGGAACAUCGAGCAUCACGGGUCUCGUCGCUCAUAUCAACAGCUGAUGAAAAUUUUGAUCAAAUCCCGCAACAACCCGCUAUUCAACGAUUGGUUGUUGGACAAAAAUUGGACUCCGUUACAAAAGUACUCCAUAAUUUACAUGAGGAACUACUAAGCCAUCAAGUCAGACAAGUCAAUCAGCCUACAUUAGUACAACAAUCUUUGGAGGACAUAGUGUCCGUCAAUAUCGAACAACGACGUAUGAAAUCUCUUGAUGAAGUUAUUCAUAAGGUACAACAAAUUUCUCAUCAAUUGCUACGGUAUCAGGCACGAUUAGUGAUGCAGCCGACAAUCGUAAGUGAAUCUUUCGAUGAUGAAGUUUCGACAAAUAUUGAACAACGGCGUUUGGCCAUAAAAUCUCUCGAAUAUGUCAUUGAAAAAGUCAAGAAGAUAUCUGAUGAAUUAAAACUGCACAAAACAAGAUGUAUCAUACAGCCAACUUUAGUUGGAGAGGCUUUUGAAAAUGAAUACUCAACCACUGUUGAACAAAGACGUAUUAAAUCAUUCGAUCAAGUAAUCCGAACAGUACAAAACAUUACUCAAGAAUUGCAAGAAUAUCGAGCACGAUCUAUCUCACAACCGAUGGUGAUCGAUGUUCCAUUUGAAGAGACACCAUCAACUCAACUUGAACAAGUAAGUGUAUAA